CACCUAAUUAUUACUGUCGUAAGCAGGAAGGAACUACGUUUCACUAAAUAAAUUCUCACGUUAAAGUCAUAUUAGAUUAACUUAGCCAUCGGAAAAUCGAUAUCAAAUAAGUUUUAAGUUACAUUAUCAAUAACGAGUGACGAAAUCGGAACCGGUGUGCAGUCAUUCAGUAUCGAGUUGCCGCGCACCGUGCAAGCGCGUGUCGAUCGCGUGUUCUUAAUUUGAAAGAAAAAAAGUGAAAAAGAAAACACGUUUCAAAAAUGGCUUGUCCCAUGAGGUCAAUGAUGGAUGAGAGCGCGGCCCAGGAAGGCAACCACCUUGGCAACGAGGCUGGUAUGCUGUACGGAGAGUACCUGAUGCUGGACAAACUGCUCUCAGCACAGAGGAUGCUCAGCUCCGAGUCCUCCAAGCCAGUGCACGAUGAGCAUCUGUUUAUCAUCACUCAUCAAGCCUACGAGCUAUGGUUCAAGCAGAUAAUUUUCGAAGUGGACUCUGUACGGGCACUGCUGGACGUGGAAGGAUUGGACGAGAGCCACACCAUGGAGAUACUGAAGAGGCUCAACAGGGUCGUGCUUAUAUUGAAGUUGCUGGUAGACCAAGUGAUGAUCCUGGAGACGAUGACUCCGCUGGACUUCAUGGACUUCAGGAACUACCUGCGUCCUGCCUCCGGGUUCCAGAGCUUGCAGUUCCGCUUGCUUGAAAACAAGUUGGGAUUAAAGCAAGCGUUGCGUGUCAAAUACAACCAGAGUUACCAGACUGUGUUCGGAGACGACCCUGAGGCUAUGGAGGCACUGCAUAAGUCGGAGCAGGAGCCAGCGUUACUAGCUCUGAUCGAGCGCUGGUUGGAACGGACCCCGGGCCUCAACACGCACGGGUUCAACUUCUGGGGCAAAUUCCAAGCUGCCGUCAGCAAGCUCAUCAAGGAUGAUAUUGAUGCUGCUUCGCAAGAGACCAACGAGACAGUGCGCCGGCACCGGCUGCAGGACGCGGAGAACCGGCGCGAGAUAUAUCGCUCCAUCUUCGACCCCGCCGUGCACGACGCGCUCCGGUCCAGGGGGGAAAGGAGGUUGUCCCACAAGGCGUUGCAGGGAGCCAUCAUGAUCACGUUCUACAGAGACGAGCCCCGGUUCUCCCAGCCGCACCAACUCCUCACACUGCUCAUGGACAUCGACAGCCUCAUCACCAAGUGGCGAUACAACCACGUGAUCAUGGUGCAGCGUAUGAUUGGGUCCCAGCAGUUGGGCACUGGCGGCUCCUCGGGAUACCAGUACCUCCGAUCCACUCUCAGUGACCGCUACAAAGUCUUUCUAGAUCUUUUUAACCUGUCAACGUUCCUGCUACCUCGCUCUCUGAUACCCCCACUAGACGAUAACAUGAAGAAGAGCCUAACCCUAACAUGGGGCGACAAUGCGAAAGAAAACGGUCAAAAUGUACAAAAUGGCGCCCACUCCCAAAAUACCGAAAAAGAAACAAACGGCGAUAAUGGUCCCGAAACAACAUUCUGGAAAUGAGAUUUGUGUAUUAGAAUUUUUAUUCAUUCAUUUUAAGUUUUCGUUUUUAGUAAUUGUGUGAAAAACAUGCAAUUUAUGUUUUAGGUUAUAGAAACCUUGUUUGUAAAUGUUGAGGGUUGUCGUUUUUCGCGAUGCCUAGAUGGCGUCACUGGUGAUAAUGGUCGUCUUAACUUACAGACGUUAAUAGUUUUAAAUUGUCAAUGAAGGAAAGUUCCUUUAAUAUAAUGCAACGUGUUCUAGAAAGGAAAGUUCCUUUAUUGAAAAUUUAAUACUAUUGGUCUAAUCUGACGACCUUAUUGGCCAAAUAGAAGAACGGUAGUCCUCAUUAAACAAGCUCGAAUAGUACAUUUUAAAUAACACCUAAGUUUAACGCUGCCUCUUUAAUUUUAAGAUCUGCAUUAGUUAUUGGUAUUUUUUAAAACAACAAACACCUACUGUCCACUGUACCCUCAGUAUGAGUUUGCUUUACGUUGAACGAAAACGAAACGAGAGCGCGUUCGUCGAUCUGAUUGGUUGGUUUAUUCGAGCUGGCCAAUCAGAGCGCCGAACGAGGUCUCGUUAAACGUAAAACAAACUCGUACUAAGGCCUUUAGGUAAUAAUUUUCGUUUACUGUUUGCUAGUAGUUGAUAACAUUCAUAUCAAACAUUUUAUUAUUGUUAUGUAAUUACAAUUUUAAAUCAUGACAACUUAGUGUAAAAUGUAAGAAAUCUCGAAUUCAAUGCAAUAUAAUUAAAUCCAAUCUGCAAUUUUAUUUUGAUUUAUAGUUACACAAGUGGUAUAUUCUGAUAAUUUAAUACGUUUUAAGAAAAAUAUAAUAUGGAGUUGAUCUA